AUGUCAAAAACGAAAUAUGAUUUUUAUCAAACUGAAACCCAUGUUUUUGUGACGAUAUUGAAACGUGGCUUAACAUUAGAACAAUGUAAAGCGCAUUAUAUAGAUGGUUGCUUAACAGUGGUAGCAGCGGGUGAAACCAUAUUAAACAUACGGCUAUCCCAUCUGAUUAAUCCUACAUCAUUAGAAUUGAAAUGUUUACCAUCCAAAAUUGAAUUAAAGAUGGAAAAGGUGGCGUUAGAUCAAUGGGAAACGUUGGAAGAAAAGAGUGGAGAAAACAAAAAUAAGCCAGCACUAAUUAGUUGGGAUAAAUUCGCUGAAGAAGUAGAAGAUGAUGAAGAAAAAGGAGAUGUCAAUAUACUUUUUCAGAAAUUAUAUAAAGAUGCCGAUGAUGACACGAGGAAGGCAAUGGUGAAAUCAUAUACAGAAAGUGGUGGAACAGUGCUAAGUACCAACUGGAAAGAAAUAAGUAAAAAACGCACAGAAAUCCGGCCUCCUGAUGGAAUGGAAUUUAAAAAAUGGUGA